AUGUCCAUCAGCUCGGAAGAAUCUGACGACGGUCGGGCCGGCGAAGCUUCCCAAAGUCUAGGCGAUCUCGACAAAGCAGGAGCCGACGACAAGUCCAAGAAGAAGCCACCAAAGCGUGGCAAGGGCAGCGACGGUGCUGGUGUCAAGUGUGACAAGACGCUCGAGUUUGGGAAGCCAAUUCGCAAUGCCAUCUGCGUCGGCAGCGAAGUCUGGACCGUUGAUUGGCACGGCGUCGCGACUGUUCGCGACCGAGACGACGCUGCAAAGGUGUUGGGAGAGAUCCCCACCGACAGGUUCGUCUGGUCAAUGCUGCACAUGAAGCCGGGACUGAUGUGGAUGGGCCAAGAGGCUCAGGGGAUUUCCCUCUUCGACUCGAAGAGGAAGGAGCCAAAGGGCAGUCUUUCCGGUGGUCAUACCGGAGGCGUGACUUGCCUCGCCUGUGACGAUUCUCUUGGCGACAUCGAUGCAGAGGAAUUUCCCUUGAGGAAAGCUUGGAGUGGCAGCAAUGAUUUCACCCUUCGUGAGUGGAUCAUCCACACAUGGCGCUCAAAGAAGGCCGUCCCAGCUGCGGUGAAAGAGGACAAGGAGGCGGUGGUGGUAGAGAUGGGCCGAUGGAAGGUCGGGAUGCUCAAAGGCAAGCACAUGCACGGGCACAAGAACGGGCUGAAGACUUUGCUCAAGCUUGGGCCCAUCCUCUGGUCUGGCAGCGACGAUGCCUCGAUCAGGCUUUGGAGAUGCAUUGACGGCGAAUGCAUCGAAGUGGUCGAGGAUGCACAUGCUGGCUCCGUGAACAAGCUGGCGGUGGUGAAGUGCUUCGUGUGGUCGGCUGGUGCAGACGGGCUGAUCAAGGAAUGGAACAUGACUGGUGAUCAGCGCGUGUGUCUCCGUCAAGUCGCACCGCCCGGAAGUGAAAAAGGCAUCUAUGCCCUGCUUCCACUCGGCCAUGAUGUUUGGGUCUGCGGCCACCAUCCGUCCAUCCAGGUGUAUUCCCAGAGGGACAUGGCCCAGACCUCCACGGAGGAUGGUCACAAGCCCUACGUGUCCAACCUCAUUGGAGUGGACAGGGUCGAAUCCAAGAUUAUUUGGAGCACGUCGUUCGGCGAUCGCAAGCUGAAAGUCUGGCGCCACACGGUUCGUGGCGAGGAGGCUUCAGUUGACGAGCUGAAAGCAGCCAACAUACUGUAUCAGCAAGAGGAGGAAACUCAAGCGGAGCGCAUCGAGAGCUAUUUGAAGAAGAUGAGAGCACUGGAAGAAUCGUCUUCGGGUCAGCAGGGAGAGAUCGACCUGCUCCAGAAGCAGCUGGAAGAUCAGACGGCAAAACGUGAGGAGCUUGAGUUCGAGCUAAGCACUUUGCAGAAGAUCUUCGAGGAAGCCGGUCUCGCGGAACUGCUCAAGGACCCAGAAGCCAUGGCAGCUUUCGUCGCACGCGCGGCAGCCCUGGCAGCGGAGUUAAGGAAGCUGGGCCUCGAAAGCCUUCUGGAAGAUCCCGAGGAGGUGGCGCGCCUCCUUUCGCUGAUGAAGCAACUCCAGGAGAUUUUGGAGCGUUGCGGACUAUCGAGCCUGCUGGAGAAGCCUUCGGAGCUGGAAGCUAUGCUUUUGCGCUACAAAGCCAUGCAAGCCUCCUUUGAGAAGAACGGCUUCUCCGAGUUGUUUGAGGAUACCGACCGACUGGAGAAGUUCCUCGAGACUCACCGACAGGUUCGGUCGUCGUUCCAAGCUGCCGGCUUCGAGAAUUUGCUGGAUGAUGCCGCUGCAGCAGAGCAGUUCUUCCAAAAGCGCCAGGCAGACCUCGAGUCUUCUGCGGCCGCCUCCGAGACGGUCGCAGCUUUGCAGGCCCAGCUCCAGCAAGUGACUCAGGACUUGGAGGCGAUGCAGGGGCAGCGCGACGCCCUGCAGCACGAGUGCGACGAGCUCAAAGAUCGGCUUGAGGUGAUUGCACUUCAAGGCGAAUAUGACCGAGUGGUUAUGGCAAAGCUUCGACAAGUCUUCGAGGAAGCGGGUCAAAGCAACCUGCUUGUUGAGUUCGAGGCAGCCAGUACCACAGACGGUGGCGAAGUUGAGGAUGCAGACUUUGCCGAAGACGACGGAGUAGACGAUGAUGAAGACGAGGCUGAUGAGGACCCUGCCGAAGAUGCGGACGAGGAGGCCGAGGAAGAGGAGGCUGACGAAGACGAGGCAACGGAUGAGGAUUCAGGAGGGAAGGAAACGAAUGCCAUCGCGAAGGAAGCGAAACCUCGAAAGCCUUCGGCGGAGAGCAGCAAGGCGAAACAAAGUCCUCCUCGAGAGUCCUUCCCGGCGCUCCGUGCCUACCUGUCUCGCACGACGGCCUUCGAACGGGUUCUCCGGGAUGAAGGGAUGGAACACCUGCUCGAUGACCCACCAGAGCUUGGUCGUCUUUUGCGGCUGAUCAAGUCCUUGAUGAGCACUCUCGAGACAUAUGGUUUGAAGGAGGCCGAGAAGGAUCCGUCCCUGCUGGCUGAAAUCCUUUCUGCUUACAGAGCGCUGCAGUCCGCCUUCCGGGAAUACGACAUGGAGGAACUUUUCGAAGAUCCCGAGUAUGCCCUCAAGGCCUUCUUGCGCAAUCAUCAUCGGAUCCGCGCUGAGUUCGACAAGUACGGCUUAGGCUACCUCUUCGACAGUGUGCCGUCAAUGCGAGAUUUCCUUGCAAAGUACAAGGACAUGGAGCAGGAACUCAAGGCCGUGAAGGAGGCGAGAGCUGGAGAAAGGUUGGCUCAACGCGACGCUGACAUGGCCCGCCUCGAGAGCCGUCUCCUCAAGAAGGAAGAGGAGAUCGAAGAUCUGAAAGCUCGGCUCAAGGAGUUCGAACAGUUGGGCGACGUGAGCGCGGUAAGGAAGUGGAAAGCUGAUGCGGAAGAGCUCAAGCGCCUGCAGAGGAUCUACAACUCCACCAGCAGCCGCCUCGCCGAGCUGGAAAGGGCCUUGGACCUCAAAGAGAAGGAGCGCGAGGCUGCGUUGGAGAAGGAGCGGCUCAUGGCCGUCAAGUACAAGGAGCUGGACAUAUUCAAGCUGGACAUCAUCGCUCGUGAGCUCAAGGCACUGGACAACGAGCUCGGCCGAGUAGGCAGCGGUGUGAAGUCCUUAAGUCAAGACUCCAGCCGCCUAAGGAACUACGACGAGCAGCAGAUGGUCAGCCAGCACAGCAACAACCUCCUAGAUCAAUGCAAACUUCUUCGAGCACACAUCCGAGAUGUCAUCAACAAGUGUCUCUCCGAAACGCAGAAAAUGCAUAUCGGAGUCGGAAUUGAUGAUUACCUCGCGGCUGGUGAGCUGAAGGAUGGCGGCACCAUGAUCGCGGCCGUUUACGAGGAAAUUGAGCGCCCGGACCAUGGUAGUUCAAAGGCGGCGAAGCUCCGCCAGCAAGACGAGAGGAGCUUUCGCUGUCUCUGUUCUGAUGUCACUGCGAGAAUGGUCAGCCUCUUUCGAAACACGGACGUGCGGGAUGAUGUGCUGAAGCUCGAAAGGCGUCUGGACGAGUCGCGCAAGCGCAAUGACGAUCUCCUGGAACGGGUGGCUAUUCUUGACUCCGAGGUUACAAAGAAAGAGCUGUUGCUGAAGGACUCUGAGCAGAAGGUAAGUGAUGUCACCCAAGAGCUGCAAGCCAAAGAUGCUGCAGCAAAGAAGCUGGAGGAGGAGUUGCAAGACCAGCUGGCCAGCGCGCGGCAGGAGCGAGAGGCGUCGGACAAGAUUUUGGAGCUGACAGAGAAGGUUGAGGCACUGCAAGCCCAACUUGCCUCUGCAGCAGAACGAGGUGAUGCUCUAGAGGCCAAGGCCAAGGAUGAGACGGAGCAACUUCGUGCCGAAGUCGCAGCUGAGCGGGAUGGUCGAGCAACAGAUGCAGCGCGAGAAGCAGCGCAUGCAAAGCAGCUGAAGGCCACUAUCGAGGAGCUGCAGGGGACGCUUGCGAGUCAAGUCGAAGCAAGUUCCAAGCAGGAGCGAGAUGCCUCUGCCAAGUGUGAGGAGCUCGUCGACAGGAUUGUAGCACUGCAAACAGAGAAUGCCGGCGCAGUGGAACGAGCUGAUGCCCUGGAGGCGAAGGAGCGAGAUACCGUGGCGACAAUCCGAGAACUCGCAGACAAGGUUGACUCACUGCAGACGCAACUUGCGGCUGCAGUAGAGCGAAGUCAUGCUUUGGAUGUCAAUGCCAAGGACGAGACGGAGCGACUUCAUGCCGAAAUCGCAGCUGAGCGGAAAGGUCGAGCAGCAGAUGCAUCGAGAGAAGCCGCCCUGCAGGCCACUAUCGAGGAGCUGCAGGGAGCCCUUGUGAAUCAAGCGGAAGCAAGCUCGGUAAAGGAACGUGAGGCAUCGGCAAAGAUCCGGGAACUCACGGAGAAGAUUGAAGAACUGCAGACCCAACUUGCCGAUACCAUUGAAAGAGGGCAUGCUCUAGGGGCCAAAAGGAGCGAAGAGGUGGAGGGGCUGACCUGCGAAGUUCUGCAGCCUCUGGCCUUUCCUGGCGCAAUUCUGUUCUGGUUUGCUAGGCUUCGCAACGACCUUGCUGCAGAGCAGGAGCGCAGGGCAGACGGUGAACGUGCUGCCGAGACAGCGAGGCAUAAAACGGAGCAGGAGCUGAGAAAAGCAAAUGAUGAAGUCAACAACUUACGGGACGCAGCUUCCAAAUCGGCCGAGACGCAUGCUGAGGAGCACAGGACUGCCCUGGCGAGGAUCGAAGAGCUAACUGAGAAAGUGUGCAGUUGGCAGGCGCAGUACUCAUCGGAAAAGGGGAGAGGCGAUGCACUACAAGCCAAAGCCAAAGAUGAUGUGGACGCUGUCACGUCGGAGCUGGACCAGCUUCGUGCUGAGCUCGCAUCAGAGCAAGCAGGCCGAGCAUCUGAUGCCUCCAAUGCAGCUGCCGAUGCGGAACAGAUGAAUGCGACCAUCCAGCGUUUGCAGCAUGACCUUUCUCGUGGGGAUAAAGAGGCCGCGGACAAAGUGAAGAAUCUCUCAGAGCAGCUUGAUGCAUGGAAAUCAAAGCAUGCCGAAGCUCUCGCAAAAGCGGCCCAGCUGCUAGAGCCACCUGGCUUUGCUAAAACCAGGCCUACUUUGACUGCUUUGCAGUGCCCAGAUAUGUGCUCUUUGAAUGUUCGCAGCUGGUGGAAGUUGUCGCUGGAGCAGUGCCGAGCAGAGUGUGCAGAGGCAGUGUCUCUGAAAGAAGCCGGAGCCAGUGAUGCAGCGAAUUUGUUGUCCGUCCAGGCCGAGCUGCAGCGGCAAGUCGAAAGCGAGAAGCAUCACCAUGCGCAAACUCGGGAGCAGCUGGAAAUCGCUCAUGGCGCCCACGAAGUCAUGAAGGCCAAGCUGGAAGAUCAGCUCGACAAAGAGCGGAGGCUACAUGCACAAACUCGUGAGCAGCUCGAAGUGGAGGUCGGCACGAGCUCCGUGGAGAAGGCUCAGCUGCAGCAGGAACUAGAGCACCAGCGACAGCUUCAUUUGCAAGCAGCGGAGCAACUGCAGCAGCAGACGCAGUCGCAUGCCGAGCUCAGCAACCGCCUUGCUGCCGAGCAGCAGGCAUCUUACGAAGAGGAGACUUCAGGGGCUCUGGCCUUGGACUUCACCAACUCAAAGAAGUCCCUGCGGCCGGCUUCGUAUCUUGACGUCAUGCCGAGCAUCGACUUGGGCGACGCAGCAUGUAUCUACAACAUCCCCAUUUGCGGUGGCUUCUGUGUUCAGUAUCCUACGCAGCUUCUCCAAACAUUUCAAUUCUUGCCAGUCCUAGCGACAUCGGAAGUCCUUCGCCUGGCGGCCACAGUUUUUCAGGACUCAGAGCAUCCCAUGGCGCACGCGGAGGAGUGGGAUCGUCGCCUACAGGAAGGGCGCGGUGUCCACUUUGUAGUCCGGCAGGAAGGACAGCUGGUCAGCUUCCUCACUGCAUACCAAAGCAACAACAUCCGGAGAACUCGUGCCACAGACGACGCAGACAGCAAUUGCUUUCAUGUCUGGAUGGCUGGGACCCACCCAGACUUCCGGGGACGAGGUUCUAUGACAGCUCUAUUCCAUGCCGCGGAGAAGACCGCGACAAGCCGCGGCUUGAGGUACAUGACGCUGAACACCUAUCCGACGAGGUUCCCGGACAUGUUCAAGCUCGCCACUGCCCAGUGGGAGAUGCAUGAAGAUACAAUGGGGGGUCGGGACAUGAAGGACAAGGAUGUUGGGAAGGUCUCGCUGAUCAAGCUCCUCAAUUGUCGAGACACCCAAGAUUACAGGCGAGAGUCUGCGGGAGAGUCGCUUGCGCUUUGCCCUGCCAACACAGCACAAGCAAUGGCAUGGGCCAUGAAAGACCAGCAUCAAGAUGGAGGUGAAACCUCAGCCAUCGCAAAUUGGUGCCAUUGCGCUCCCAUUGGCAGCGCUUGCACUUGUUGCCAGACGACCGAGGAGUUUUACUUCGCGAAGUGGAUCUUGUCUGCUCAUGCUCGAAGAGGCGUAGGCUGCCGUGAUGGCGCAGAAAAGGCAACAAGGACUCCGAUUCUGGUCCCCUUCCAGACCGUGGCAUCCUUAUCUUGUCAAAUCUCGGGUGCAGGUGUCGACAGGCAGGCAGCUUGUCAAUGGGAUUUUACCUAUGCAGGCAGCGCAGGCAUGGCACAGGGGGAUAAAGACAUGCUGGCUUACUUCACGCGCGUCGUCCAGGACCCCGAGUCAGCGGCGGAGCUCCCCGCAGCUUUGGCGACCACGUGCAGCGCCAUUCCCAGCCGGACGCCCCAGGUUGGUUACACAGGCUACUGGGAGCAAGGUCUUCCAGCUUUGAGCAAAUUUCCACUACCGUGGAAUUGGAGUUCCUCGUACGACGAGGUGCUGUGGUCGACACUUUGGGAUCGUUCAGAGCGGCUGGUCCAAGAUACACUGCACAACAGCAGCUGA